AUGGAUCCCGCCAAAACGCAUCCACUCACUGUCUUCCACGUGGUGGCAAUGCCCUAUCCCGGUCGAGGCAACAUCAACCCCAUGAUGAACCUCUGCAAGCUCCUAGCUUUACGAAGGCCCCAACACAUUCUCGUCACCUUCGUGGUCACCGAAGAGUGGCUCGGCUUCAUCGGCUCAGACCCUAAGCCGUCUAACAUACGCUUCGCCACCGUACCCAACGUCAUACCUUCCGAGCUGGGUCGUGCCAAAGACUUUCCCGGCUUUUUGGAAGCCGUAAGCACGAAGAUGGAAGCGCCCUUUGAGGAUCUCCUGGACCGGCUUGAACUGCCGGUGACAGCCAUCCUGGCUGACACUUAUGUGUUUUGGGCUAUCGGAGUUGGGAACCGGAGGAAUAUUCCGGUGGCAUCGCUGUGGCCCAUGUCGGCGACGGUGUUCUCUGUGUUGCACCACUUUGAACUCCUCGUGCAGCAUGGCCAUUUCGCGAAGGAAGUAGUAGUUGCUUCAAAACUUGAAAUGAAGAAGAUUAUGAAGGCCUUUGGCCUCUUCUUGAGUCCUAUUUAA